AUUGCUUGGUUGUUGUUAUUGAAGUUUAAAUUGUGCAGAUAUACAGACUGUAAGCAAACCAGGAAAAAAAACUUAUCAUGACAUUGGUCUGGAUACUAUCGACUCUAUUGGCGAUGCACGUCUCGGUAAGCCACGGAGAGAAUUGUCCAAUAAUAAACAGCUGUGACAGUAAUUAUGGUGUAUGUGCAUUUGAAAAUGGACAGGAGAUAUGUAGCUGUUUAGAUGGCUUUGUCCUUGACGAUGAUUAUGUGACGUGCAUUGAUGUUGAUGAAUGUGAGUUGGGCACUCAUGGCUGUGAGCAAGGAUGUACCAAUACUAUUGGUGGUGCCGAUUGUUACUGCUUUGAGGGAUACGAGAUAUUAAAUCCACGUCUUUCCCAUCUGUGCAAAGAUAUAAAUGAGUGUGACACAGACAAUGGUGGGUGUGACCACACCUGUACCAACGAGGAAGGAAGCUUCGUCUGUUCCUGUGAUGACGGUUAUGAUUUAUUUGAUGGCUGGGCUUGUGCAGAGUCCUGCGAUAAAUAAUACAGAAGACGCACUGGAGAGGAAUACAUAAUAUGAAUAUUAAUAUUUGGAAUCAAUAGUGAACUAAAAAAUCACAUAUAGUUAUUUAAAUGUAUACAUAUUGAAUAACUUUCGAUUUUGUUGAUUUGCUUUCAUCCAAAAUGCAACGACCACAUCAAAAUAAACCCACAGCAAACGCCGACGACCAUGUAAUCGUUUAUAUAAUAGUAUGUGUUUGUAACAUUUAAAAUAACAGUAUAAAACAUAACUGUACGAACUGA